AUGGACAUGUGCAGAGGGAGUUGUAACGUGGCGCACGUGAUUACGCGCGUCUUUUCUGGUGGAUCGACCCUGAACGAAGCUACUUAUUUAGGGUCCCUGAUAUCAUGCAGCUCCUUCGCUCCGUGCAUGCACCAUCUCUUCUCUCUCUGCUCCCUCUUUAAAAUCCCCCGUCGUCGUCUCUUUACAUUCGCACCCAUGGUCUACUCUAAGCCCCAACCUAAUGGCAACUCCAAGGUCCUCGUCUUCGGAGCAGGUAACUUUGGCUCCUGCCUCGCGUCCCACCUUGGGGACUCCCAGCACGAAGUGUACAUGUGGGCUCGCGAAGAGCGCAUCGUGAAGCAUUUCAAUCUCAGCCACCGGAAUCCCAUUUAUCUCCAAGACCAUGUAUUUCCCUCGACCAUCACUGCCGUCGGCCCAGAGUUGCCCAACAAGGCAUUCAUAAACAAUGUGGACGUUCUUCUUUUCGCCAUUCCCACACAAUUCCUCAGAUCGACGCUUCAGACGCUGAAGCCUUCUUUGGAUAUUGAAAACCUCCCGCUACUCAUCUUCGUCAACAAGGGUAUCGAGGUCGGAACGAAUGCAUUGACGCUCGAGAUCAUCGCCGAUACCUGUGGACCGGAUAUCGCAAAAGCAGCCACAUUCAUCUCCGGACCAUCCUUUGCCAAAGAAAUCGUACAGAGGCAGCCAACCUCUGUAUCGGUCGCAUCGCUCACAGAGCUCGAGGCGACUAAAGCUGCGGCUCUCUUCCACCAGCCCCAUUUCCGCUGCUACACGGGCGUCGAUCCCAUCGGAAUCGAAUUGUCUGGUGCACUGAAGAAUGUUUAUGCGAUUGCCUCAGGGAUGGCUGACGGACUGGGAUACGAAAACAACACCCGAGCCAUGAUUAUUACGAGGGGACUGUCCGAGAUGACUUGCAUUGGGACGGCGUACGGUGCUUCGCCGCUAACGUUCCUUGGGCUGGCAGGUGUUGGCGAUCUGUUCCUGACAUGCAGCUCGUCAAACAGUCGGAAUUAUACCGUCGGGUAUCGCCUCGGACAGGGAGAAAAGCUUGAUGUUAUUAUGAAGACGCUUGGAAGUGUUGCAGAAGGCGUUCCUACGACCAAGGGAGUCAAGAAGAUCAUAGAGGAGCUGGGCAUCAACGCGCCGAUUGCGAACUCUGUUUACGAUGUGCUGUUCAACGGCAAGGACACGCGCGGGGCUGUCAGGGAGCUGAUGGAGUUACCUCCAUCAAAGGAGCUGGAGCUGCCGCCGACGGCUGGAGGCCCUGCGCGGCGAUUGCUCACGAAGCUUGGACUAGACACGACGGGGCUGUCGGAGACGAUGCACCCGCACUUGUGA